AGUUCAAUAUGGCGGCGGUUUCCCGUUUUGAGGAACUUGUCCUCGAAACGUCACGUUUUCCACUGUGGUGACAUUUCCCCGUAAAAGCUUACAUUUGUAGUGGGAAGCUGUAUCCUACCUGAUUUUUACGGUUGAUUUUAACCUCAGUUCCUCGCAAUGGAGUCCACAGCUGCGGAGAGUCAGAAGGGAGAUAGAGACGUGAUUCUGAACGGCGAGUGUUCAACGUCCCUACAUGAAAAAGAGGAAAUUAACAAGCCUGAACAGCCACAGAAAUUAUGCAGUGCAAAUAAAUUUACAGAUCUUAACGGCUUAACGAUCCACACUCAAUCGCGUCCAAGUACAUCAACGAAUGAAAAUCAUUUAACCUCCGGUCAUAGUGAUCUGUUAGAAUACGACCCGUCAACUUCAGAAGAGAAGAAUCCCACGGAACAGGCCGAACUUGAAGAUCCUUGUGAAAAAAGUACAAAUUUAACUUAUGUUAGUUACGAGUCUGAACUUCAAAUGGAGGCAAUUAUGGCUCUCAUAACAAAGGACCUUUCGGAGCCAUACUCAAUCUACACAUAUCGUUAUUUUAUACAUAACUGGCCCAACCUCUGUUUUUUGGCAAUGGAUGGUGACAACUGUGUUGGUGCCAUUGUGUGCAAGCUUGACAUGCACAAGAACAUGGUACGAAGAGGAUACAUUGCCAUGUUAGCUGUUGAGAAGGAAUACAGACGGCAAAAAAUAGGUUCAAAUCUUGUGGUAAGAGCAAUCAAGGCAAUGCAAGAAGAUAGCUGCGAUGAGGUUGUACUCGAGACUGAGGUAACCAACACAGCAGCUCUGCGACUUUACGAGAACCUGGGAUUUGUCCGUGACAAAAGGUUGUUUAGGUAUUAUCUUAAUGGUGUUGAUGCACUGAGACUGAAGUUGUGGCUAAGAUGAAGUAGAUAUCUGAAUUUUUUACUGUUUGAAUUUAUUUUUUUGUUUUGUUUUGUUUGGACUGUAUUCAGUCAAAGUCUGUCUGUUUUGUAAGUAAAAUGUCAGGCUAGCAGCCAUGUAAAAAAUAAAUCAAUGGCAGUAUGUUUGGAAGAUUCCAAAUGUAAUAAUUUGUGAAAUGUUCCUACUGAAAUAAACAUCAAUGAAAUGUUAUUAUUUUA